UCGUGCACAAAUAUCCUCACUGUUUGAAAAUGGACCUUGUCUCCUUCUUCGGCUGCUGACUUUGGAGAGCCGAAGAAGAUAACUAUGGUGGAAUUCCUGUGGACUUUUGCUGUACAAGAAAUCUUGAAGAAGACAGUCAAACUUGCAGCAGAGCAAAUCGGCUUGGGAUGGGGUUUCAAGAAGGAUCUCUCGAAAAUGAGAGACUCUUUACUCAUGGUUCAAGCCAUCCUUCGCGACGUCGACAGAAUAAAGUCCGAGUAUCCUGACGUGAAGCCAUGGGUGGAGAAGCUUGAGGAUAUUGUUUUCGAAGCCGAUGUUUUACUCGACGAGCUUGCUUACGAAGAUCUUCGACUCAAGGUGGAAAUCGGAAAAGAUCUCGGAAAGAAGGUACACAAUUUCAUUUCAGCUUCUGAAAAUCCUCUUUUUUUUCGUCUCAAAAUGGCAAAUCGAAUUAAAGCCAUUUCUAGAAUGUUGCAAGAGCAUUAUGCUGCUGCUAGUGUUGUUGGACUUGUUGCUAUAACAUCCAAAGAAAUUGAACCUGAUCUUAGUCAGGUUCAUGAGACUGACUCAUUUCUUGAUGAGUUUGGAGUUAUUGGAAGGGAUGAAGAAGUUUUGGAGAUCGUGAAUAAGUUGAUUGAACUUAGCAAUGGAGAAAUGCCUCUGUCUGUUCUACCCAUUGUUGGGAUGGGUGGAUUAGGGAAAACAGCUUUGGCUAAGGUAAUCUUCAAUCAUGAAGUGAUAAAGGAGAAUUUUGAUAGAUUUAUAUGGGUGUGUGUAUCUGAUCCUUUUGUCAUCAACAAGAUUUUGAGAGCAAUUUUAGAAACUCUUAAUCCCAAUUCUGGUGGAUUGGAGAGUAAGGAAGCUUUACUCCAAGAGAUCCAGAAAUUGUUGCAUGACAAAAAUUAUUUUCUUGUGUUGGACGAUGUUUGGAAUGAGAAUCUUAGUCUAUGGAAUGAGUUGAAGGCUUGUUUGUUAAAGGUUACUCGGAAAUUCGGAAAUGUUGUUAUUGUGACUUCUAGGAGUGAUGAAGUUGCAAAAAUCAUGGAGACACAUCCGAGGCAUUAUUUGAAAAAAUUAUCAAAUGAUCAUUGUUGGUUAUUAUUUGAGAAAUGUGCAUUUGGAAGUGAUUUGCCAACAAUUCCAAAGCUCGACAAGAUCCGGAGAGAGCUUGUUGAAAACUUUGGUGGCAUACCAUUGGUUGUAAAAGUGUUGGGAGGAACGGUGAAAUUAGACAAAAAUUAUGAGAGAUUGCAAUCACCAUUGACAAAUUUAAUGAGAAUUCCAUUGCAAGAUGAGAAUCGUGUUUUAUCCACAAUAAAAUUAAGUGUGGAUCGCCUACCAUCACCUUCUUUAAAACAAUGUUUUGCCUAUUGUUCAAAUUUUCCUCGUGAUUUUGAGUUUAGAAAGGAUGCACUUAUUCAAAUGUGGAUAGCACAAGGAUUCAUUCAACCAUCUGAAGAAAGGAAUAUAACAAUGGAGGAUGUUGGGGACAAAUAUUUCAACAUUUUGUUGUCUCGCUCUUUGUUUCAAGAUGUUGUCAAGGAUAAGAGAGGACGAACUGUACAUUGUAAGAUGCAUGAUUUUAUACAUGACGUCGCAUGUGCUAUUUCGACUUAUAGAAGAAGAACAUUUGAUUAUAGUGACAAAGCUGCUAGAAAGUUGCACAUGUUAACAUUUAGCAGACGUGUGUUUCACCAUGAGAUUGCAAACUGUAUCUACCUGCGUGUUUUAAUUGCAGAUUCUUAUGUUAUAUGUGAAUUACCAAAUUCAAUUGCUGCGUUGAAGCAUUUGAGGUACAUUGACAUUUCAAAUUCUUUAAUAAGGAAGCUCCCAGAAUCUAUUGUUUUGCUUUAUAAUUUGCAAACGUUGAGGCUUGGAAGAUUUGUCGAAGACCUUCCAAAUGAUUUGAGAAAAUUGGUCAGUUUAAGACAUUUAGAAUUUUACAUUGAUCGUUCAAAUCAAUUUAAGCAAAUGCCUAAACACUUGGGUCAAUUGAUUCAACUUCAAACGUUAUCUAGUUUUGUAGUUGGGUUACAUGAGGGAUAUAAAAUAGAGGAACUUGGAUUCUUGAAAAACCUCAAAGGAAAAUUAAGCCUUUUCUGUCUUGAAAGAGUCAAAAAUAAAAAGGAGGCCAUGGCUGCAAAAUUGGUGGAGAAAGAGAAUAUUUUUCAUCUAGAUUUCCAAUGGGGUUGGAAACAUGUAAGAGAAGGUAGUAGUUACAAUGAUUUGGAUGUGUUGGACGGGCUUCAACCACACAAAAAUCUUCAAGCCUUGACUAUUCAAAACUUUGCAGGUGAACUUCUACCAAGUAGAAUUUUUGUUGAAAACUUGGUUGAGAUAUAUUUACAGGACUGUGAACGAUGUGAAACUUUACCGAUGCUUGGGCAGUUAUUAAAACUCGAGGUACUUGAAAUUCGUAAUUUACACAGUGUAAGAAGUAUUGGGGAUGAAUUCUAUGGGAAUUAUUGCAAAGAAAGGACUUUGUUUCCGGAAUUGAAAACAUUUCAUAUUUUUGAAAUGAAAAGUCUAGAGCAUUGGGAAGAAAUAGCAAGUAUAUCAAACGGCAUCAUGUUCCCUCAUCUUGAAAGCUUGAGCAUUAUUUCUUGUGUGAAAUUAAUGAACAUUCCAAACAUUUUUGCAUCUGGUUGGAAAAGGUUGGAAGUUGAUGCUGAUUCAGUGUCAUUUUCGAGUUUCCGAAGUCAUGGAAAGCUUAGAUCUCUAAAGAUUUUGGGAUGCGAAAAAUUGACAAAACUACCGUGGUUAGAAUUCUGCAGCUCUCUUGAAAACUUGUGGAUAAGCAGUUGUUCAAAUCUUAAUUUGCAGAAUAUGCAUAGCUUGUCUUGUUUAAGCAUAAGAGAUUUGCAGAAGUUGCCAAAUGGGAUUGCCAACCUCCUUAACUUGAAAGACUUGAGCAUUCAUGGGGACUUGCAAGUUUAUGAUUGGAAUCCUCUCAUCCAUCUCGGAUCACUUGAAAGUCUUGUGUUGGUCGACUCAGGAAGUGGUGCAGCACAACUUCCUCAACAACUUGAGCAACUCACAGGUUUGAGAUCGCUGCAUAUUUCUCAUUUUAACCACAUUGAAGCUCUACCAGAGUGGUUCAGAAACUUCACAUCUUUGGAAAUGUUGAACCUUUACAAUUGCAGAAAUUUGAAAAACUUGCCUUCCCAGAAAGCCAUGUCAAAUCUCGUCAAAUUAAGCAGUCUACGAGUUUAUGGAUGUUCACAGCUAGAACUCGGCAAUGGUCGUUUUAAGCCGGUUAAAACUUCCAAUGGGAGCAUCCAGUUUCUUCAUGAAAUUCAUACCCCUUUUUACUGGUAGCUUUUACUUGGGAAAAAAAAUUGUAAAUAUUUUGCCGUUCUUUCAGUUAUUUAAACAUGUUAGGAUGUGACCUCUUUAUACGAUCAUUAAUGUAUGUAAUGGAAUGAGUUAUUUAUCUGGGGCUUUGGCAUAUUUUAUUUGAGC